GUAGGCCCCACACACCGCCCAUGCGCACGCUGUCUUACUAAGACAUCCCAUCAUCGACCCGAUGCCUUGACCUAACCCUAACCCAACAACACUACACCCAAAAAGCUAAAAAUAUGCUCUCUCUCUCUCUCUUUCCCCUCGUCUCCUUCAGUUUUCUCCCAAGCCUGUAGCCAACAACUUAUAUUCAUCUUAAGAGAUUAAUUCAAACACUUAUUACAGAUCAAGCUUGAAGGCCAGAGAUAUGAAGCAUGGGCUUGAUUAAGCUCUUUCAGCUACAAUUUUGUUUGCUGUUGAUUACACGUCCUUUUUUUCUUGUGUAGCUGAAGGUCAGUAGCAGUUUUGGUAUAUCUCCCCAACCACGAAAAAGAAAAAGGGCAGAGAAAGCAACAAGUAAGCAAACAAGCAGAGCCCCAGAAUCUAUCUCCUAAUUUAGUUGCUCUUCAGUAUAUUAGAGAUAAUUAGGGUAAAUUACAAGAAACAAAGAAAAUGGAUCCAGUUGCAGCACAUGGCCGUCCUCUUCCACCUCCUUUCCACAUCAGAGAUCUUCAUUUGCAUCCUUUCCAUCAAUUUCAACAACAUCAACGGCAGAAUUCUGACGAAGAACAACAAAGUGGUAACGGGAGCCUAAACCGUGGUCAAAAGCGAGAACAUGAUGACAUCACUAACCCCACUGCCACAGCCACAAACACUGCUGAAGGAAAAGAACUAGUUCCUGCAACAGCUGGUGGAGAUGACGAGAUCACAAGAAGACCCCGUGGAAGACCUUCCGGGUCCAAGAACAAGCCGAAACCACCGAUCAUAAUCACCAGAGAUAGCGCCAAUGCCCUGCGAUCCCAUGUCAUGGAAAUCGCCAACGGGUGCGAUAUUAUGGAGACUUUAUCAACUUUUGCGAGGCGGAGGCUAAGAGGGGUUUCGGUUUUGAGUGGGGCUGGUACGGUAACUAAUGUCACACUUAGGCAGCCGGGUUCACCCGGAGCAGUGGUAACUUUGCACGGAAGGUUCGAGAUUUUAUCGCUUUCAGGAUCGUUCUUGCCACCUCCAGCUCCUCCAGUUGCGUCGGGCUUGACCAUAUAUUUAGCCGGUGGUCAAGGGCAAGUGAUUGGGGGGAGCGUGGUGGGUCCUCUUCUGGCAUCUGGGCCGGUGGUGAUUAUGGCGGCUUCUUUUGGUAAUGCGGCAUAUGAGAGGCUGCCGUUGGAGGAGGAUGAGGAGCAGGCGCCUGUGCCUGGAAGUGGGCCUCUAGGCUCACCUGGAAUUGUCGGGCAACCGCAGCAACUACCACAGCAACAACAGCAGCAACAACUAAUGCAAGAUCCAAACCCAUCCCUUUUUCAAGGGUUGCCACCCAAUCUAUUAAGUUCAGUGCAACUGCCAGCUGAGGGCUACUGGGGCACUUCACGCCCUCCUUUUUAGUAACAGAAGAAACUGUGUUUUUUCCUUUCUUUUCCUCGCCUUUUUUUUGUCUUUUGUUAAUUUAUUUCUAAAUUAUCUUUCACUCUCUUCUUCUUUUUCUUCUUCCAUUAAAAGUUAGGGGAUGUUUAAUUAAGAUGUUGAUGAUCGGGGUAGUCAUCUGCCUUUGAGUGAAGAAGGAUGUACAAAUUUCCAAGUUUUUUUCCCCUUUUCCCUUUUCUGUGGGUUGAUUUGUUUGUUCCUCUUUUUUUUUUCCUAAUAUUAGUGUGCUCCUUUGAUUUAGCUUAAA